UGGGCCAUUGCCCAAUGAAGGUUCGUCAUCGAUGCUCCUCGCCAUGGCAGGGACUUAACUGCAAGUACGGGACUUGAUUAUUGCCCUGGGAAGUAUAAUUGCUAACAACAUGCCCCAUGUCUACGCGUCAAAUCUGCAUCAUCGAUCUUCAUGUUCUGUUCUGCGUCUAUAGCCAGUGCAAGGGCCAAUAUAUAUAGCCGUUACUGCACCGGACCAUCGUGUGCACAAGGAGAGUUUGAGGGAGAUCUGGAAAAUCUACACCCACCAAGUCAAUCUAUAAGAGUCAAUUGAUAAAGAUCCACCAAGGUAUUCCUAGACGCUAGUGACAAGGAUAUCCUCAACAUGCCCGACAUCCAAGUCAACGAGGUGACUGGAGAUCCCUACCGCAAAACCUGCCGGGUGCCCUACGUCGAGCCCGAGUCGGCCCCUCCAGCUAUCCGAGACAAAUUGCGCGUGCUUCCUUUCCGGCGCAACAUCCUGCUGACUCUCGCUCAUUCUCCCGGGCUCUUCCCACAUAUCAGCGGUCUCCUGGCUGCCUGCUUCGAUGGGAAGCAACGCCUGCUUCCGGUGUUAGACUGGCAGCUGAUUGUCCUUCGGGUUGCCACGGUGCUCAAAGCAAAGUAUGAGUAUGAUGUCAACUUGCCCGUGGCUGAGGUAUUCGGGUUUCCCCCGGACAAGAUCCAGGCGAUGGGGUGCUCUCUACAAGACGUUUUGCAAGGAAAAGGCCCCUGGACACAUCGCGAUCGGGUGAUCCUUCGAAUUGUCGAUGAACAGCUGGACACGUAUGAAAACAAGCCCGACACGAUCACCGAUGCUCUGAAGGUGCUCUCCGUGGAGGAGCUGGUGGAGGUAUUGUUAAUGAUUGGUAUCUAUGCUUCGUUGGCCCGGGUUAUGAAGGCCUUGAAGGUGGACGAUGACCACCCGACCCCUGAUCUGAAGGAGAAGAUUAGAAGUGCUAUCACCGGGUAAUGGAAGUAAUUCCCAAGUUCGAUGUUAAAGAUACACCAGGAGAAUAAUUCACAAUGCUGUUCAUUGCGGUAGACUAGGGUAGUGCCAAAACCGUGGGAGAUGGACGGUCAUCUGAUGGUUGCAUAUGCCACAGAUACAACAAGUAGAUAGCCAAACGGCGAGGGCCGGAUGACCCACUCUCAGCCGAUGGGCGGAAGAUAGACUUUCAGGCUGACUCCCGUGCUUUUCUUCACCGGC